UGUAAUGAUUUGCCGACUAUGUUUUGUCACUGCAGCAGCAGUCAAUUCAGACACCGUUCAUUUCCACUGAGCAGGGGUGCCCCGGAAUUUGUUCGGCUCCCUGCCUUUUCGUUAGUGGCCUGCACGGUGCUAAACUUUAGCGGAUGUUUCCGAACACCUCCUGAGUGGACACGCUCGAACACCCUGUGCUGCUGUGCAGGUGAAACUGUGAAAGUGAAUCACCAAGCCGGGCAGUAGUUUGGGUGUCAGUGAAAAGAAGCCUGGGCGGAUUUCUACCGAGGCGGCGUGGCGAUGCGGUGGAUCUGCAUGGCGGGUGGGUCCUUUAAUCGGGCUCCAAAUGCCGAGAAAAAUCCGCUUUCAGUCUUUCACCCACCCGGGUCUUCUGCGUCCGCGCAACCCGACCCGAUGUAUUUUAACCUGCCUCUGCCUCCCCCCUCGUGCCUUUCAAAAAUCCAAGGCAAAGAACAGCAGAGUCUCCAAUCUCGAGGAACAUCCUCUGGUCUUCCCCAGGUCUCCCGAUCACUCUUGCCGUUGAGCUGUGGCGCGAGGGUUCGGGCACGUUGAAUGGUCACGGGGAGAAAGGAGAAGAGGGAUGGGUGCUUUGGUCUGUUUGCAAUUUUUCAGUUGUUUUUUUCUUCUUUUUUUUAAAAAAUCGUUUAAAACCCGGUGCCACUAACAGACUACCAUGAGGAACCUAAUCAACUGAGCUAGCUUAGUUUGUUCGUAAAAUCACAAUUAAAAUUUAAAAUAAGAGUAAGUGCUUAAUCAGCAGCACAAAGCCAUGAUUAAACAGUUCAUUAUUCGUGCUAUGAAACGGUAAUAUAAAAUUUAGUUUUUUUAGACAGUAGAAAAUUCAGUUGUGUAUUGUGUGUGUGUGUGUACAGAAGACGUCGGUCAAUUCAGGGGUAGCUCGUGCAAGGAGGCAAUAUGAUAUUGUCGAAUUCACGAAAUUCUAUGGGGGGGAAUAUCUUUAGGGGAUCGAGAAUUCACGCCCUGAGUCAUGUAAGGGGGGAAUGUCUUGAGUACAACGCUGGUAAAAAUAUUAAAAGGAGAGCUAAAAGAAAAAGGGAAAGGGAUUCCUUUAAGCACUGCUGCUGAAUUUUUAUUUUUAUUUUGUUCCCUCCUCUCUCUCCUCUUCUCUCUCUAUCGGCGUGACGGGAAAAGGAAAAGAUGCAGGUUGUAUUCUACCGAUAGAAAAACAAAGAAAUGGAAAAGAAAAGAAAAGGCUUCGAAUCUCUCCUAAAGCAUGUGCAGAAAGCUCUCAAUUAUUUGUGCUAAACCAGCUCGCCGCUUCGCUAAUCUGUCAUGCGUGAACCCUAACCAAAAAUCCACUUCAACUCUGAUCCCUUCAGUUAGUCCAAACACCGCUAUCUGAAUUUACGUUUAAUUCCAGGAUACAUAUGAUUAUUUUAAAAGGAAAAUGCUGUAAGGUUCAAAUGGUUUCUUGUGAAACUGCUGCGUUCUGAAUGGGUCUUAUGAAGCAAUUUAAAACUACCUGAAGUGGCGAGUAAAAAGAUUAACACGUACUUAAAAAAUUGUUGCUUUCGGCGAAUAUUAUUUAAAAAAAAAUUGUAGAGUCCUACAGGCGGCAGAAUUGAAGUUGUAGGAGGCAGCACGGAACCAUCGUUUUCGAGAAAAUUAUUGGCGGAAGCCGCAGCGGGGCUCCACGGCCGAUUCAUUCCCCAGCCGUCUCGUUUAAAGAAGGCGAAGCAGCUGCUCGAUCUUGCGAACUGCGAAGCGAAGCGAAGCCCCCCAGCUCCGUCCGGCCCGCUUCCAAAAGCACACCAAUCCUCCUCGUGCUUGCAGCCGAUGUCGGGGCGGUAGAGGAAAGCAGCGGCACCGGUGCUCCGGCCAUGGCCUCUCGCCCCCUCCGCCCAUGACCCCAUGCCAUUCUUCUACUCCUACCAACGCCCCAGACACAUGCACCGUCCUUCUUCCCUGCUUCUUCCACACACCCUCCCAACUUGACCUCACGUCGCCAAUGCUUGCGUGCCACGACCAGCGCACGGGGGCUACCUACUAGAUAGAGCUGACUACUAUUCUGAGCACAAGUAGUGCUAGCAAGCUACCAAGCUCUACUCCCGCCAUAGCUCUAGCGGAGACGUUGGUGAGCUAGCUAAUAGGACGACUAGGAGGUUAGUUGGGGUGGGUGCCUGAGUUCUUGGCGUGGCAUUGCGGCGGCCGGCGGGGCCGUGUACGUGACCGGGGAGCUAGCUGUGCUAGGGAGAAUUUGUGUCUAUGGUAACGGCGAAGGAGGCGGCGGCGGCGGCCAUGGACGCGAGCAAGUACGUGCGGUACACGCCGGAGCAGGUGGAGGCGCUGGAGCGGCUCUACUACGAGUGCCCCAAGCCGAGCUCGCUGCGCCGCCAGCAGCUCGUCCGCGACUGCCCCGUGCUCGCCAACGUCGACCCCAAGCAGAUCAAAGUCUGGUUCCAGAACCGCAGGUGCCGGGAGAAGCAGCGGAAGGAGUCGUCGCGGCUGCAGGCGCUGAACCGGAAGCUGACGGCCAUGAACAAGCUGCUCAUGGAGGAGAACGACCGCCUGCAGAAGCAGGUCUCGCAGCUCGUCUACGAGAACGGCUACUACCGCCAGCAGACGCAGAGCGUACGUGCCCCUCUUCACUCUCCGAUUAUGCCUCACCACCUCCUCUUCCCACCCACUGCGAACCAACCAACAAACCCUCCGUUGCAGGCGGGCUUGGCGACGACGGACACGAGCUGCGAGUCGGUCGUCACCAGCGGCGGCCAGCAGAACGUCGCGGCGGCGGCGGCGCAACCGCAGGCUCAGCCGCGCGACGCGAGCCCUGCCGGGUUGAUGUCUAUAGCGGAGGAGACUUUGACGGAGUUUCUGUCCAAGGCCACCGGGACCGCCGUCGAGUGGAUCCAGAUGCCUGGGAUGAAGCCUGGUCCGGAUUCCAUUGGAAUCAUUGCCAUCUCGCAUGGUUGCGCGGGUGUCGCCGCGCGAGCUUGCGGCCUCGUGGGCAUGGAGCCUGCGAAAGUUGCUGAAAUCCUCAAGGAUCUACCGUUGUGGCUACGCGAUUGCCGGUCCAUGGAAGUGGUGAAUGUUCUGCCUGCCGGUAACAAUGGCACGAUUGAGCUUCUCUACAUGCAGCUCUAUGCCCCCACGACACUGGCACCAGCUCGCGACUUCUGGUUGCUGCGGUACACCUCCAUUCUUGAUGACGGAAGUUUAGUGGUGUGUGAAAGGUCGCUCAGUAGCAAGCAAGGUGGCCCAAGCAUGCCUCUUGUCCAGCCUUUUAUCAGGGGUGAGAUGCUUCCUAGUGGGUUCUUGAUCCGGCCUAGUGAUGGUGGAGGCAGUAUCAUACACAUAGUUGAUCAUAUGAACUUAGAGCCUUGGAGUGUGCCUGAAGUAGUGCGUCCACUUUAUGAAUCCUCUGCAAUGGUUGCCCAGAAGAUAUCUAUGGUGGCUUUGUGCUACCUUAGGCAGGUUGCACAUGAAGAUAACCAUUCUGUAAUAACUGGAUGGGGACGGCAACCUGCUGCUUUACGGGCUCUGAGCCAAAAGCUCACCAGAGGUUUCAAUGAAGCUCUCAAUGGGCUUGCUGAUGAUGGAUGGUCUGUGAUUGAAAGCGAUGGAGUUGACGAUGUUUGUAUCUCAGUUAACUCAUCCCCGAGUAAAGUGAUCAACUGCAAUGCAACUUUCAAUAAUGGACUUCCCAUAGUCAGUAGCAGUGUUCUCUGUGCAAAGGCAUCGAUGCUGCUGCAGGAUGUUUCUCCGCCAGCGCUACUACGUUUUAUGAGGGAACAGCGGUCGCAGUGGGCUGACAGUAAUUUAGAUGCAUUCUUUGCUUCCGCAAUGAAACCUAAUUUCUGCAACUUGCCUAUGUCUCGCCUUGGAGGAUUUGGUGGUCAGGUCAUACUUCCUUUAGCCCACACAUUUGACCCUGAAGAAUUCCUGGAAGUCAUCAAAUUAGGAAAUGCCAGUACCUACCAGGAUGCACUGAUGCAUCGCGAUCUGUUCCUGUUGCAGAUGUACAAUGGUGUAGACGAGAACACCGUAGGCACAUGUUCAGAGCUCAUCUUUGCACCCAUAGACGCAUCAUUCAGCGAUGACUCCCCACUGCUGCCAUCCGGUUUCCGCAUCAUCCCCAUCGACUCUCCUCUUGACACAUCUAGCCCCAACUGCACGCUGGACCUCGCCUCCACCCUCGAGGUCGGGACGCCCCGGAGCAGGAUGCCCGUCGGCGGCUCCGGGAACGCUGCAUGCGCCGGCUCCAAGGCCGUCAUGACGAUCGCGUUCCAGUUCGCGUUCGAGAGCCACCUGCAAGAGAGCGUGGCGACCAUGGCGAGGCAGUACAUGCGCAGCAUCAUCGCGUCGGUUCAGAGGAUCGCGCUGGCGCUCUCGUCCUCGCGCCUCGUCCCCCAGGUCGGCGUCGGCGUCGGCCACGCCCCUGCCGCCGCCGCGACGGCUAGUCCGGAGGCGGCCACGCUCUCCAGAUGGAUUUGCCAGAGUUACAGAUUUCAUUUUGGGGCUGAGCUGAUCAAAUCUGCUGACGCCGGUGGCUGUGAAGCUGGGCUGAAAGCCCUUUGGAAUCAUGCCAGUGCUAUACUCUGCUGCUCGUUAAAGGCCAUGCCGGUGUUCACGUUCGCGAACCAGUCGGGGCUCGACAUGCUGGAGACGACGCUGGUGGCGCUGCAAGACAUCACCCUGGAGAAGGUGUUCGACGACCAGGGGAGGAAGAACCUGUGCGCGGAGCUCCCCGGCGUGAUGGAGCAGGGGUUCGCGUGCAUCCCCGGCGGGCUGUGCGUGUCGGGCCUCGGCCGGCCGGUGUCGUACGACAAGGCGCUGGCGUGGAAGGUGCUCGACGACGACAGCGGCGCGCACUGCAUCUGCUUCAUGUUCGUCAACUGGUCCUUCGUCUCGUCCAUGUAAAAUGUUUUUUUUUCUUUUUGAAAACGAAUGUAAAAUGGUUGGAGAAUCUAAAAUAGUGCUGUACGGUAUUUUGCACGGGUGAUUAUGUCAGACAAAGGAUGGAUUCUGUUCAAUGCAGUUACCAUUUGGUAUCUCUUGUAUUU